ACCACUUGAGUCCAAAAGCAAAAAGUUUAACGACCUAAGUCUCUAUAAGCAUUUUCUUUAACCAUUUGAGUCCAAAUUUCUAACACCAUCCACCAAGUUUGUUAACUAUAAGGGCAAUUUAGUCAUUUACACACAAAGUACAACUCUUAUAUGCAGAAGAGUAUAAGAAACAAGUUUCUAAUGCAUAACUAUUUUAAUAUUAUAUAAAAUAAAUUAUAUAUAAUGUUAUAUAGACCUGCACUAGAUCAGACCUGUCAUUCCUUCUCUCUCUCUCUCAUCAAGACCCUUACCAUCACCGUUAACACUACCGCACCACCAUCCCCACCGCACCUCCACCACUAUCACCACCUUCCGUUGACCGUCAACCACCACUGACACCGCCUGCAAACCGCACCGUCAACCACCACUGUCAACCACCGCCUGCAUACGAGACCACCAUGUCUCCGUCGCCUCUCCCUUAAAAAUAAAUAAAGUCAUUUUUUUAAUCUUGAUUACUGAAUCUUGAAAUAAUAAUUAUAACCCAUAUGAAAAAUCUUUAAAAAAAUCUACACUUUUCUUUCAACCCGUGUCGUCAAACCCUUCCCAUAUAAAUAUACACACAGCAUCCGAUUCGUUAGAAAAACACAUACAAACUCCAUUCAAGAAGAUCAAUUUAAGCAAACCCAUUUGGUAAUUUGUGUGUUUGUGUUUGUAAGAAAUGGAUAAUAACAUCAGUUGUCAGAUGAAAAUUGAAACAGGGGAAGCAGGUUAUGUGCUUGAAGAUGUGCCUCACUUGACUGAUUACAUCCCUGAUCUCCCUGCGUUAUAUGGAGAAAAGGAGUGGUACUUCUUCUCACCUAGAGACAGGAAAUAUCCGAACGGAUCACGACCAAACAGAGCUGCCGGAACUGGUUAUUGGAAGGCUACUGGAGCCGAUAAACCAAUAGGAAAACCAAAAGCAGUUGGGAUCAAGAAGGCAUUGGUGUUCUAUGCUGGAAAAGCUCCGCGAGGGGUGAAAACGAAUUGGAUAAUGCACGAAUAUCGCCUUGCUAAUGUCGAUCGAUCAGCUGGCAAACGGAACAACAAUCUUAGGGUAUGAAUGGUUUUGAAUGAAAGCUCGAAGAAGAUGAUGAUUUAAUGAAGAAGAUGAAGUGAAAAAUUAAGGAUUUAGCGUUUUAUUUAUAUUUACAUUUUAGGGGGAGGUAAAAUGACCAAUUUAGACAUCAUGUGCUUCCCAUGUGACCAAGAAAUUAACCUAAGUUGGGGUUUGGUUAGAUUUAGGGGCCAAAACGGUUAGUUAUACGGACCAUGGGGGCAGAUCUGUUAAAAAAUCUUAUUUUGGGCCAAUAUAGUAAAACUGAUAUAACCACAGGGGCCAAAAACGUAAUUUACUCUAA